AUGACACGAGUUGAAGCCGUCCGUUCUCUGCGCAUUUCCCAGGGAAUCUUUUCGAUAGUAAACUUUGGGCUCGCCAGCUAUCUUGUGCAUGAAUUAGCUCAGACCACGCAGCAGCAUGUUACUAGCGACGUAUUCAUAUCGCUUGUUGCUGCCUGUGUCUCCGUCAUAGGUGUACUGUGUGCUCCUAGAGCUGCUAAUCUUUCUAAGAUGUCACCAAAACUUCACCUUGCUUUUGCAGUCGAUUGGAUCACAGCUUUUUUUAACAUGGCAGCUCUUAUCUCCCUCGCGGUUUUUGUGACAAAAUCGCAAUACUGCCAAGCAACCACGUGCUUAAUAGCUAAGGCAAGCACUGUACUGACCGCUUUCAACUUCAUCAACUGGGCAGCUACAGCGACGUUCCUAGGUAUUGAGAUUUCGAAAUUGACAACCGAUUUUACGGAAAGAUCGCCCCCUAUGGGCAAAGUACACCUUUAG